AUCGAAAUGAGUUAACUUAAUUGUCAAACUAAAAACCUCGAUUAAAACACCAACGCAUCUUGAAAGCUAAAUCCAUCUAAACUCAACCCACCCAAAACCCCCAAAUUCCACCAACCAACCUCCUUCUUCAUCCAAAUCUCCAAACAAAGAAUCAAAACCCUCGGAGCUAGCUACCAACACAACAAUGGCAUACGUAGAUCACGCGUUUUCGAUUUCAGACGAGGAUAUCAUGAUAGGAACCUCCUACGCUGUUAACAACAAACCCCCAAUCAAGGAGAUCGCUCUUGCUGUUUCACUUCUCGUCUUUGGGUUUCUCAGUAUCAUCAUCGGGUUCGCCAUGGCUUAUAACCAUGUCGGCGGUGACACUGUUCACGGUCUAUUCUUUGCAAUACUGGGAAUGUUAUUGUUCAUACCGGGUUUCUACUACACGCGGAUUGCAUAUUAUGCUUACAAAGGAUAUAAAGGGUUCUCUUUCUCUAACAUACCUCCUGUUUAGCUGUCACAGUUUCAGUUCUGUUCCACAGCUUCUUUAUGUACAUAUGUACCCUUGUUUUAUUCCACUACCCCCUUUAAUGAGUGUUUAGAUUUAUGUUGUAAUUUGUUGUUGUUCUUAAUGUAUACCAAGUACCAACCAUUACAAUUUACUACUGUUGUUACAAUUCUGUCAUGUAGUGUUGAUUGUUCGGCUGAGAAAUUGAUAAUAGAAACAUGUUUUGAGAAA